AAUGAAGCACUGGCAGUGUUGCCAAUAACGCCAUUGAGCAUUUUUCUACAGCCUUUAUUGAGUUGCUUCUUCAGCUAGCUUUAGCGGCUACAAGAGCGAGUGUUGUCCUCGCCGUUCCUUCCCCCCCUUCCCCCGUCCAGCGCUGUUUCGAUCUCGUUUCGCCGGUCUUCUGGCGUCGGCGUCGGCUGAUUGUCUUUUCUGACGUACGCCAGCCUUCCGCCGACCAUGGCGAGCGUCUCCUAUCACAUCGCCAACCUCCUUGAGAAGAUGACGUCGAGCGACAAGGACUACCGCUUCAUGGCCACCAACGACCUGAUGGCUGAGCUGCAGAAGGACUCUAUCAAGCUGGAUGACGACAGCGAGAGGAAGGUGGUCAAGAUGCUGCUCAAGCUGCUUGAGGACAAGAACGGGGAAGUGCAGAACUUGGCUGUGAAAUGCCUGGGCCCCCUGGUGAACAAGGUGAAAGAGUACCAGGUGGAGACGAUAGUGGACAGCCUCUGCAACAACAUGGUCUCGGACAAGGAGCAGCUCAGGGACAUCUCUAGCAUUGGCCUUAAGACUGUGAUCGGGGAGCUUCCGGCAUGUAGCGGCAGCAGCCUGGUGGCCUCGAUCUGCAAGAAGAUGACCGGGCGGCUAAGCCGGGCCAUCGGCUGUCAGGAGGACGUGGCAGUUCAACUGGAGGCCCUGGACAUCCUCGGGGACCUGCUGUGCCGCUUUGGGGCCACCCUGGUGCCCUUCCAGCCUGCCAUCAUGGAGGCCCUGUUACCACAGCUGCAGUCCCCGAGGCUGGCCGUGCGCAAGCGCUCCAUCACGGCCAUCGGGUUCCUGGUGCUGAGCUGUAGCCAGGGGCUCUUCAACAAGCUGAUGGAUGCCCUGCUCGAAGAGCUGUCCAAGAACAGCUGCACCUCCACUACCCGCACCUACAUCCAGUGCAUCGGUACCAUCAGUCGCCACGGGGGCCACCGCAUGGGCCCCCAGCUGGAGCGCCUGGUGCCCCUGGUGGUGUCAUACUGCGGCCUGGAGGACGACGAGCUGCGCGAGCACUGCCUCCAAGGCCUGGAGAGCCUGCUCAGGCGUUGCCCCAAGGAGCUGGCCCCCCACGUCCCCACGAUACUGAAGAUUUGCCUGGAGUACCUGUGCUACGACCCAAACUACAACUACGAUGACGAGGAGGACGACAACUCAAUGGACAUGGACAGGGGUGACACGGAUGGGGAGAGCGAGGAGGAGUACAGUGACGACGACGACAUGAGCUGGAAGGUGCGCCGGGCAGCGGCCAAGUGCCUGGAGGCGGUCAUAGCGACGCGGCACGAGAUGCUGGACGAGUUCUACCGCACGGUGUCGCCGGCCCUCAUCGCCCGCUUCAAGGAGCGGGAGGAGAACGUCAAGGUGGACAUCCUGCAGGCCUACGUGGCCCUGCUGCGGCAGACCAAGCCCCUGCUGGCCCAGCAGCAGACGCUCACCCCUGCAGACCUGGCCAACGCCGAGGGCACUCUGGCCCUGGUUGCGGCCCAGGUGGGGCCCCUGGUGCGUGCCCUGGGCCGUCCCCUGCGGGAGAAGGGGCUGAAGACGCGGCAGGGCUGCCUGUGCCUGCUCACGGAGCUGCUGCUUGUCCUGCCGGGGGCCCUGGCCAACCACCUGCCACAGCUGCUGCCAGGGCUACAGUUCUCCCUCGUCGGGGACAAGAACUCCAGCUCCAACAUGAAGAUUGACACGUUGGCGUUCCUGCACUGCCUGCUGACGUACCACAGCCCCAGCGUUUUCCACCCACACAUCAACACCCUGGUGCCCCCCAUCAUUCAUGCGGUGGGUGACAGCUUCUACAAGAUCACCUCUGAGGCCCUGCUGGUUCUUCAGCAGCUGGUGAAGGUCCUUCGUCCGUUGGAGGGGACAGAGCCUGCAUUUGCCUUCGAGCCGUACGUGGCAGACAUCUAUCAGUGCACCCUGGCCAAGCUGAAGGCAGCCGACAUCGACCAGGAGGUCAAGGAGAGAGCCAUCACCUGCAUGGGCCAGAUCCUGUGCCACCUGGGAGACCGGUUGCAGCCGGAGUUGGCGGUGUGCCUGCCCAUCUUCCUGGACCGGCUGCGCAACGAGAUCACCCGCCUCACCACCGUCAAGGCGCUGACCAGGGUGGCCGGGUCUCGACUGCACAUAGAGCUGAGUCCCAUGUUGCCCGACUGUGUCCCGGUACUCUCGUCGUUCCUGCGAAAGAACCAGCGGGCACUCAAGCUGGCCACCCUCACACUCCUGGACACCCUGGUCCGAAACUACAGUUCGUCCCUCUCUCCGGAGAUGGUGAGCACGGUGAUGCGCGAGUUGCCGCCGCUCAUCAGUGAGGCCGACCUGCACAUCUCUCAGCUGACGCUGCAGCUGCUGACGUCCAUGUCGCGGGUGCACCAGCAAUCGCUCAGCCUGGUCAGCAGCGCCAUCUUGCCGGAGAUUCUAGUCCUGGUGCGAUCACCCCUGCUCCAGGGUGGUGCCCUGACCGCAAUGCUGGAGUUCUUCCAGGCACUGGUGGCAUCUAACCUGCCGGGUCUUAGCUUCAACGAACUGCUCCAGGAGCUGAGCGGCCCCGUGUACCAGGCUGGUGGGGCGGGCGCAGCGGCGUGCCUGCACCGCCAGGCGUACCACUCAAUGGCCAAGGCGGUGGCGGCACUCACCCUCCAGUGUCCCAGGGAGGCCCUGCCCACGGUCCAGCACCUGCUCAGGGACAUACAGGCCAAUCGCAGUGUGGACUCCAUCCAGUUGUUUGCCCUGCUUGCCAUUGGCGAGAUCGGAAGGCACAUAGACCUGAGUGGCAUUGUGGAGCUGCAGACAGUCCUCCUCGAAGCCUUCUCGUCCCAGAGUGAAGAAGUAAAGACGGCCGCCUCCUUUGCCCUCGGCAGCGUGAGCGUGGGAAACCUUCCGGAGUACCUGCCCUUCCUGCUGCGCGAGAUUGGGGAGCAGCCACGCAGGCAGUACCUGCUGCUGCACUCCCUCAAGGAGAUCAUCAGUUGCCAAUCUGCAAGUCCAGAAAGCAUCCAAGCCCUGGAGCCCUUCAUCGAAUCUAUCUGGGCCUUGCUGGUGCAGCACUGGGAGUGUCCCGAGGAAGGUGCCCGCAACGUGGUGGCGGAGUGCCUGGGACGCCUGUCCCUGUCCAGGCCCCAGGAGCUGCUGCCACGCCUGGAGGCCUGCCUGGCCUCUCCCUCGCCCCUGGCCAGGGCCACCGUCGUGGCCGCCGCCAAGUGGGCCCUCGCCGAGCGAUCGGAGGGUUCCCAGGUGCUGGGUGCCCGCCUGUCGCCGUUCCUGGAGGCCCUCGGGGACCCUGAUCUCGGGGUGCGGCGGGUGGCGCUGCUGGCACUCAACUCUGCGGCCCACAACCGGCCACUGCUCGUCAGGGACCUGCUGCCCUCCCUGCUGCCCAGGCUGUACCAGGAGACACGCGUGCGGAUGGAACUGAUUCGGGAGGUAGAAAUGGGACCCUUCAAGCACACAGUGGACGACGGGCUGGACAUACGGAAGGCGGCCUUUGAGUGCAUGUACACGCUGCUGGACACCUGCCUGGAGCAGCUGGAUGUCUUUGAGUUCCUCAACCACGUGGAGGAAGGGCUGAGGGACCACUACGACAUCAAGAUGCUCACUUACUUGAUGCUGGUGCGACUGGCCUGCCUCUGCCCCGCAGCCAUCCUGCAGAGGCUGGAACGCCUGGUGGAGCCCCUGAAGGCGACAUGUGGCAGCAAGAUCAAAGCCAACUCGGUCAAGCAGGAGUUUGAGAAGCAGGACGAGCUCAAGCGGUCAGCCAUGCGUGCCUUCACCGCCCUACUAGCCAUCCCAGAUGCAGACAAGAACCCCCUGAUGAACGAGUUCCUCUCCCAAAUCAAGUCCACGCCCGACCUGCAGAUCCUCUACGAGGGCAUCCAAAAGGACACGAGCGCCGGCAUUGCCGACACGGUCAACACAAUGGACGUCAGCUGAGGGCCACCCUUCGUAUGCCUCUUUCUAUCUGAGUCUCCCGAGAGCAACGACGGCUGUGCCCGCCGCCUUUCCUAAGUAAAAGACUGGUUGCGUUGUC